AUGACUGAAAAUACAAAUGGAGGAACAAUACAUGAAAACGAGAAUGGUGGAUCAUCUUCAUCACAGAGAGAACAAAUACUUCUCAACCUGGAUCCAUACGAAGAAUUUAGGAUACAAUUUUAUGAUACUGAUGGCAAGGAAACUAUUGUACCAAAUCUAGGUGCUGAAGAGAAUUUUGCCAGAAUUAUACAAAACAAAUUCGAUUUUACUCCUACCUAUUAUCAAAGACAAUUGGAAUCAAUUAGAUUUGAUGACUCACAACAACUUCCUCCACCAACAAUAAGAAAAGUCCCAGAACCAGAAUGGGAAAAGACUGUAAACAAGUUAAGACAAGCAAUCUAUGAAGUACAAUUUAUUCACGACGUUUCCAAAAUGAUGAAGGAGACAUCGGAUGAUCAAUUAAUAGAAACUGUGAAUGCUCACAGAACUUUUAAUGAAGACUUGAGGACUAAAGAAAAAGCUGGAGAACUUUUCCCAAGUAGAAUUGAACAACUUAUCUACACUCAUGGAAUUUUAAAGAGUGGAAGUGAACAAUUGAGAAAAAGAUCGGAAAGAACCAGUGACUUUUAUCAAACUAUUUUCAAAUUACAAAAAAAGUGGAAAGUGAAACAAUUUGGAAAUAAUAACUUUUUUGUGGAUCUUGCUUAUAAUUUCCCUUCUAUGAAACUGUAUGAAACUAUCCUUGUAAAAAUUAUCAGAAAGAGGGAAGCUAAGAAAAUCGAUUUAAUUAUUCCAGCCAUAGCAACCUACGGAAGACGAUCAAUGCUUACCUCUGUCAUUUCAAAACACUACCCAGAUACACUCAAGAAUGUUGAUGACAUUUUAGAAAAAGCUCAGCAAUCUGUUUUUUAUUUGGAAUUAUUUGAUACGCAGCAUCAGCAACAUCAAUUACAACAAUAUCAAACAACAACAUUAAAUGUUACUCCGAGCCUUGCAAAUAAUUUAUCAUUCGGAACCUUGGAAAGUCCAGAUAUGAAUCGAUUCUAUGCUCAUCAACAUCAACAAGCACUAUUCUUUGAUCAUAAUCAACAAGUAAAUCACAACAAUAUCAACAAUGCAAAUGCAAAUACAAAUAAUAAUACUUUUACAUCGUCGGCACAGCAUUGGCUUCCAACAACACUAAUUGGAAAUCGGAAUGGAGAAUCUAUUCACAAUCCAUCUCAUUCAUCUUCUCCGAUCAAUAUACAUGGUGGUAGCCUUUCAUCAGAUUCUGGAAGUAAUUAUCAAAUACCUUCACAACAACAUAUUCCCACUACUUCAACGACUCACUUUAAGCCAAUAAUAGUUAAUAAUAGCAACAAUCAUUCAUUAAAACCGAUUGCCGAGUCGCCCUCUCCAUCAUUAGAAAGUGAAUUGAAUCGAUAUUCGAAUAGUAUUCCUUCUGUAUUUCCUGCCUCACCAAGUGGAAGAUCUUCAAUGAUGGAUGUCUUGGGACCUCCUCAAAAAACUAAACCCGAUUCAAAAUGUGCCUCAGAGACGAUUUUAGAGGUUUUUGCAAAUGUUAAUUUGAGUCAAUGUAAUGCAGACGUGUUAAAAGUCAAGUUGAAAGUGGAAAAUGUAUAUGUGAGUGAUUGUAAACAGUGGCCAGUGGUUUCAGAGACAAGCCUUAUCAAAUGUUCUGAAUUAUUCAAAAUGGAGAAGCCACUAAUCUAUCAUUACAAAUUUCAUCACUUACAAAAAUUGUGUAUUUCAAUUAGUAAUGAGAAUAAUGAAAUAAUUGGUGAAUGUGUAAGUAUUAAUGAUUUUUCAAACAAAAUUAGUUAA